AUUGAAUGAUCUGUGCAUGCCAAACUUAUCAGAAGUUACAUAUUACGCAUCUGAAUAAAGAUCCUUAUCAGUGCACGACUCAAACAGUGACAUGAAAAGAUGCGCUAACUUCUAGCUGCACUGCCAGUUUUGACACCGUUAACGAGUCUCAAGUUGCCCGGAUGUGUCACAAUAGUGUCGUGACCGGCACACGUGUAUAUAUUGAUGCCGACGCCGCCGGCAGCACCACCUUGUCGUCGGGAGUUCCUUGCACGUGUACUGUUACCACGCAGAUCGGCAAAAUGAUUGAGGUCCAUUCGCAAUAUAGUGGAUUUGAUAGGUCAAGAUGUGGCACAGCCAUGCAGUACACUGGGAAGGGACUGUCACCGGGCGAGAGUUUCUCCACCCCGUGUUACGACUACGCCUUUAGCGUCGCCACGCACACGGACCGGAAUAUUACCAUAGACGUCCGGAAAGACUCUCCACCGUACCUGUCCACGUACUGCGUCCUUUUACAGUUACGAUAUUGUGGACCUGGUGAAUUCCAGUGCAACACUGGAGAAUGUAUUCCGGAAUCGGCUAGAUGCGAUAGCAAUCCGGACUGCAUAGACCAAUCGGAUGAGUCCAGUAGUUGCGGAAAUAUUGUGUGUCCCGAAGGGUUGAUACCGUGCCCCGGGGGUGGGGGCUGUAUGUCAAAGGGGCACUUGUGUAACGGGGCGAGAAACUGUGCCGACGGGUCAGACGAGGCUAACUGUCAAAGCACGGGUGGUGUCAACCUGGCAACGGCCGCAAACGAGGCCUCUUAUUACGGUCGCGUGUACCGAGAGCCCGUUCCUUCCGCCACCUACAACAACAACUACCACAACAACUACUACUCCGACAACUACUUCUACUACUACAUCGCCGGAAACAACCACCACUAUGCCGACAACAACACAUUCUACAAAAACAACUUCACCGACAACAACAGCCACUACGACAUUAACAACUAUUACACCAACAACAAACACCACGCAAACAAUAACUACAUCUACAACAACUACUACUACUCCGACAACAACAACGACUACGCCCACAACUCCAGCAACUUUGCCAACCAUAACUACGUCAACUGGGACAACAACAACUACGCCUACAACUACAACAAGUAUGCCAACAACAACUACACCGACAACAACAACUACGCCUUCAACUACAUCAAGUAUGCAAACAACAACUACACCGACGACAACAACUACGCCUACAAUUACAACACAUUUGCAAGCAACAACAACUAUGCCAACAACUACUACUUCUUCAACAACAGCAACUACUACUACGCUUUCAACUACAACAACUAUGCAAACAACAACAACUACGCCAACAACAACUGUGCAAACAACAACUACAGCUUCUACGCCGACAACUACACAAGAAACUCCACCAACAACAACGACAACGUCUGCUACUACUACAACAACUUUACAUAUGCCAACAACAACUCAAACAACAACAACUUUACCGAUAGUUACAACAACUUUACCUACAACAACAACGUCACCGACCACGACAACUUCGAUACCAAUAAUUUCAGCAACAGCGACUCCGGAAAUAACAACAGCAUCAACAACUCACACACAAAGCACAGCCACAACAACAAUAACAACUUCCACACCACCAACAACAACAGCAGAAACAGCAACUUCUAAAACAACGCUUGCAACAGCAACAGCAGAAACACCAUACAUGUAUACAGACGCAACGACAACACCUAUUUAUAAAUUGCCGACAGAGGGGACGUCCACCACUUCCAAAGCAGCAUUAGCUCAAUCCAAGUCGGGUUCUACAGACAAGCUUUCCACGCAGGAAAUUGUUAUCAUUGCCUGUGUGUGCGGAGGUGUAUGCAUGGUGCUAAUCGCUGCGGUAAUCAUUUACCUAGUGCGAUCUUCAAAAUGGCGCUUGGCCUACAACAUGUCCGGUGACUCGUCAGAGUUUGGCACCAGUAGCCAUGGCAACGUACCCAGCAAGUCGGGUCCAGGCGAAGUGAUGGCAUACGCAAUCAUACGCAAGGAACCAGUAUUGCCGAACGAGCCGCCCACCCACUACUGGGUCCCGGCCGAGAAACUGGAGAAGUCGAUUACCUUUGACGAGGAGGAGCCGGACGACAAUUCACCGGAGGACGAGGCGGAUCCGGCAGUUUUUAUAAAUGGCGAAAAAACUCUCAUUUUAUGAAUAAAGGCGUAACAGGAAGUAUUUGUGUGUGUGGUUUAUAGUCAACAGCGACUAACAAAUAUACAGCGCUGUAUAUUGUGCAUUAUGAACAGAUGGUUAUGACAGACAUACCCGAUUUCGUGUGUUAAUGAGGUUUCAGGGGCCAGUCUUUGGAAAAUUGUUUAAUAGAUGUCAUAAAGUUUGUAAUGUCUCCGGCACAUUGAUCCCGGAUGCAUAUAUUGAUUACCCUGUCCUCCCGAACGUCUUUCCGUGAGUGUCAGUAGCAAGAUUUAACCGUUUUGUCUAGCAUAUACACCGAUAGCUUCAGUGCUUUGAUUCUUAUACAUGUGUUGCUUAUGAACAUCACUGUCCAUCCAUAUCACCUCGACCUUUUACCUGAAAUAUUCACACAAAGGUGCCUAGACGAUUUAAAUGGCAUAUUUCUUUUUUUGCUCAAUUUUACCGUUCCGUCUAAUAGCAACAACGCAUGACACAACUCUUUGAUACUGACACUACCGUUGCUUCUGAUCACCCGCAAUACAUACUUAUCACCCAACUUUUACCUUGACGUUGACUUUAAUGUACUUAAUAAUAAUUCAUACCCUCUAAUCGUUUUAUGUUUAGUAUAGUAAAACGUUUUGUCUACAAUCACCUGUUGCUACAUCAAUUGACAAUUACACAGUUUUGGGCUAUGGCCGUUCAAUAUCUGUCUUGGCCAAUAUAAACCCAAAAAAUAACUUUGGCAUUUAUGUUGUCUUAGAAAUGGGCUAUCCAACCCAAGCCGGUUACACGCGUGCUUGUAAACACAUAUUAUGGUUUAACUUAUAAAGCGGCUAAAAUAACAUUGCUGAUAUUUUCAUAAAUUAAUUACAUAACCUGCAUAAUUUCAAAAUAUUAUCAUAAUAUAUGCAUAUAGUAAAUAGCAAAUACAGUGCAAGCUAGCUGUACUAUAAAUUUACAUGUAAACAAUAAAAAAAUAUUUGUGAGCAGUUUCAUUCAGUUUCGCUAUUUCAAUAGUUACUUAAUAACUUCAGUUACUAAAUCAAUAGGCAAGCUUUUGUGAUAAUAACUCUUUCCCGGUCAUAGUUUUGUCGAGCAAGAAAGGUGUUUCUAAUAAAGGUUGUACGACGUUCGCGAUUGUUGAAGUAUUAUGAACUAGUUAAUACUAUGUAUUCGCUUUGAGGCUAUACGAACAGAUUGACUUCUUUGUAAAUAUUUGAUAAAAUUCUGUAUUCAUGUACACCACAUAUUUUUUAGAAUAAACUAUUAAAACUUU